AUGAGGGAUAUUGUAAUUGUUAAUAUUCUCAAGAUGCAGACAACGACAUUUGUUACUUCUGAUCCAAAGAAUUUUCUAAUUGUGGGUUCCAUUUUGCAAGCUAUCUUAUCUAGGGUUCCUACUGAUCAUCAUAUCAUUAUGGAAUACUUGGCAAUUUUAGUUUCCACUGGAGGUGGUGGUUCGAAAGAAGAAAUUCAUGAAGAAAAAAUUCCAAGGAAGAAAGUCAAACGUUCUAAGAGAAAUGGGAAAACUCUCGUGUCCAAGAAAUCUAAGAAGCAUAAGAGGGCAAGGUGUCAACUUAUUAUUGAAAGUGACUCAAGUGAAAAUACUACAAGUCUUGAUCAAAAUGAAAAGGAAUCUGCUCUCAAUAAUGAAGUCAAUUCUAAGAACAUUAAGUGCAAUCAAUAUCUAUUUGGAUCCAAUUCAUACUCCCAUUGUCUCUUUUCAUUUGGAGACUGGAGCAAAAUUUUAUAG